UAUGUAUUGUGCUUAAAUAUUUAUAUUUUUAACUGCAACGUGUACUUGCUGGCCAGGUUGACAAGGAAGCCCUCGAUAUGCAAGUCAAGGAGAAAAAGAAAAAAGAAGAUGAAGCAAAAAAGGAGCAAAAGGCGUAUGAUGCUGAUGUGCUCCACAACACGAGAGCAGCCUGCAUCCUCCACAACAGGCUGGAGAAAGAGAAGCGCGCAGCGGAGAAGGCCAUCGUCACGUACAGGCAGCAGCAGCAGCAGCCCUGGCACAGGCGGGAGUAUGAUCUGAACGACUCAGACCGCUGGAAGAAAACCCACCAGGACGACGCCCAGAUGAUUCUGCCCGGCCUGGUGGGCGAGGACCCCGAGAGUCAGAGCAGACAGCAGAGGCAGAGGCAGCAGCUCCGAGACUGGCUCAUCCAGCAGCAGGUUGAGCGAGAUGCAGAGAGGCGCCAGCAGGAGCUGGAAGAGCAGCGCUACAACCAGAGCGUAGAGAAAAUGAACAGCGAGGCACUGCGACGUCAAAACCUGGAGACGGAAAGGAAAAAAGCAGCUGCUGUUGCUACUAAAGACUACAAUCUGGCGAAGAUUGAAGAAAAGCGGCGCCAUGAGUUGGAAAACGACAAGGAUGAAAACACACAAGGAAAGCAGAUGGGCUCGGAUCCAGCUGCAUGUGUUGGGGUGCCCGGCAUGUGUCCCAGCAGUGACAGGAGAGCCCCCCCUGAGAGCCCCCGGCAGGUCACUCAGUUCCAGAAACACCAAAUGGAAGAAAGACGGAGGGCUGAAUCUGAGCGGAAGCAGGAGGAGGACCACCUGGAUCGAGUCCGCCUGCUCUCGGCCCGCACGGCUCUGCUCGCUGAGAGGCAGCAGGCUCGACUGGACAAGCAGCUGAGGAGACGCCUGGACAGCACCAACGCUCAGCUGGCCCGAACACACAAACAACAGAAGCCAGACAUCGAAAAAGGAUCGAUUGAUGAGAGCUUCUUCUCCCAGUUCAACACCUGCAGCAGAUGAUGGGCGACAGAUCAUAGGAAUGAGUGAAAUUAAAUGAAUUACUGUGACACCACACCAGGUUUUGUUUUUUUAUAUGUCAACAUUUUCACAUUGGAAGUGGUUACAGUUUUAGAAAUAGCAUUGGUUUGUUUUCCCUGCCUUUUUACAUUACACACAAGCCUGCAUGUAGAUUAUUCAAUUUCAAGAAUCAUCCGUGAUCAAUAAAAAUCUUAAAGUGGCAUUCAAGUAGAAACUGUAUGAAAUCAAACGGCCUGUCUUUGAAAAACAUUUAAAAAAACACAUUAAAAAAAUACUGUAAUAGUUUUCUACAAACCAAAAUCAAACCAGAAGCACACUUCACACUCUGCCAAUACAAAUGCUGCAUAUCAUCCUACAGAAAGAGGCAAAACACAGUCAUAAAGUGCAAAUGUCUCAAAAUUCCUCAUUUAAAAAAAAAGCCUGUUUUGCCUUGGAAAUUUGCAGUCUUCCUGUUAGGCAAUGUAAACGAUAUUUAUUACAUUAAAUGCUGUAUUUCCUUUAAAGAGCAACACUGUCAGGCUGAGAUCUGAGGCUGUUUUCAAGUCGUUUUGUGUUCCUUGUGAACAAUAAAGGCACUGCUCAUGUUUGAACGUGCUGACUUCUCUCUAAAGGGCAU